UGCACACGCCACCGGAAGUGUGCGUUGCGAGAGGCCGCCCCCUCCCGUUCAUUCAGCAAGUGCAAAUAUGACCGGAUUUAUUUUAAUUGUAUUUUCAAAUUGACCUUCAAAUUUUCGAAAAUAUGGCUGCGAAACGCAAAUUAGAUAUUAUUGUGCCUGCUGAGGAAAGCGACCAGCUUCUAAUUCGUCCACUUGGUGCUGGGCAGGAGGUUGGGCGGUCAUGUAUUAUCCUCGAGUUCAAAGGAAGGAAAAUUAUGCUGGACUGUGGCAUUCACCCUGGCUUAGAGGGAAUGGAUGCCCUCCCCUACAUAGAUUUGAUUGACCCGGCUGAGAUAGAUUUGCUCCUAAUUAGCCAUUUCCACCUGGAUCACUGUGGAGCUCUUCCAUGGUUCCUCCAGAAGACCAGCUUCAAAGGAAGGACCUUCAUGACCCACGCCACUAAAGCCAUCUACCGCUGGCUACUGUCAGACUACGUCAAAGUCAGCAACAUCUCUGCAGAUGACAUGCUGUACACUGAGACUGAUCUGGAGGAGAGCAUGGACAAGAUCGAGACCAUAAAUUUCCACGAGGUCAAGGAAGUGGCUGGAAUCAAGUUCUGGUGCUACCAUGCUGGUCAUGUGCUGGGAGCUGCCAUGUUCAUGAUCGAAAUAGCUGGAGUCAAACUGCUGUACACAGGAGACUUCUCUCGACAAGAAGACAGACAUCUAAUGGCAGCUGAGAUCCCCAGCGUCAAACCUGACAUCUUAAUCAUAGAGUCAACCUAUGGAACUCACAUCCACGAAAAGAGGGAGGAGCGUGAAGCUCGGUUCUGUAACACUGUCCAUGACAUCGUCAACAGAGAGGGUCGCUGUUUAAUCCCUGUGUUCGCGUUGGGGCGAGCCCAGGAACUACUGCUUAUAUUAGAUGAGUACUGGCAGAACCACCCAGAGCUCCAUGACAUCCCCAUCUAUUACGCUUCAUCCCUGGCCAAGAAGUGUAUGGCCGUGUACCAGACGUAUGUCAAUGCAAUGAACGACAAGAUCCGCAAGGCCAUAAACAUCAACAACCCUUUCGUCUUCAAGCACAUCAGCAACCUAAAGAGCAUGGAUCACUUUGACGACAUCGGCCCCAGCGUGGUGAUGGCCUCUCCGGGGAUGAUGCAGAGCGGACUUUCCAGAGAGCUCUUUGAGAGCUGGUGCACCGAUAAGAGGAACGGGGUUAUCAUUGCUGGAUACUGUGUGGAGGGCACACUGGCCAAGCAUAUCAUGUCUGAGCCUGAAGAGAUCACCACCAUGUCGGGACAGAAGCUGCAGCUGAAGAUGUCGGUGGACUACAUCUCCUUUUCUGCCCACACCGACUACCAGCAGACCAGCGAGUUCAUCAGGGCUCUGAAGCCCCCACAUGUGAUCCUUGUACAUGGGGAGCAGAAUGAGAUGGCCCGUCUGAAGGCUGCGCUGAUCAGGGAGUACGAGGAUAACGACCAGGUUCACAUUGAAGUGCAUAAUCCACGAAACACGGAGGCUGUUACGCUGAACUUCAGAGGAGAGAAGCUGGCCAAGGUGAUGGGCUCUCUGGCUGAUAAGAAGUGUGAGCAGGGUCAGAGGGUGUCGGGCAUACUGGUGAAGAAGAACUUUAACUAUCACAUCCUCAAUCCGUCUGACCUGUCCACGUACACAGAGCUGGCCAUGAGCAUGGUGAAGCAGACCCAGGCCAUCCCCUUCACCGGACCCUACUCUCUGCUCGUCUGCCAUCUGAGGAACCUCACUAGUGACGUGGAAGAGCUGGAUGGAACCGAGAAGAACACGUUGAAAGUCUUUAAAAACAUCACCCUGGUCCACGAGGCCGGCCUGGUGCUGCUGGAGUGGAUAGCUAACCCUCUUAAUGACAUGUACGCCGACGCCGUCACCACUGUGGUACUGGAAGUACAGUCAAACCCGAAGGCUCAAAAGGUUAUGGAGACCCAGAGUGCUAUUAUGGACAUGGAUGUGUUCCAAUCCCGGCUCGAAGUCAUGCUGCAAGACAUGUUCGGUGUUGAAUGUGUUGAUUUCAGCGACAGUACAAACAUCUCCGUGACCGUGGACGGGAAGACGGUUCAGAUUUGUUUGGAGACGAGGUCGGUGUGCUGCGAGGAUGACUGCACAGAGGACAUCUCCCUGAGAGAGAUGGUGGAGCUGGCAGUGCAGCGGCUCUAUGACGCCCUGAACCCGGUUAUCUGAGACAGGCCUGCAGACGCAUUCAUAUCACAAGUUUCUCAACUGGGUCAAGACAUGUUUCUCCAAGUAUCAUAGUGACUUCAAGUCAUGUAUUAACUGCACCUGGUGUUUUACUCAGUGGGCAUGUCUGGAAUUACUGUUUAAGAAAAGAAAAUAAGCUAUGCUUUUUGUUUCCAUGUAUUUUAGUGUGCGUUUUGUAACACAAGCACUUUUAAUGUGAACUGUAUUUGUGUGUUUGUUCACUGUAGGUUUUAUUUGGCCAGAGUUCAUCACUGAUAUGCACAAACUCAACAGUUAACUGUGAAUUUUUGAAUGCACGAAAUAUAUUUACAUCUGUUGUUGAGUGUUUAAAUGAGACUUAAAUAUGUGUCGAUCUACUAUCCCUAUACUAUACUUUGUGGUAUAUUAACCUUAAAGUCUGUUUCCAGGCUGAUCUUUUUCUUAUUGAGCCUGUGGUUAGUUUCAUAUUUUAAAUCCAUGCUAAUGAAAAUGAAGGAUUCAAACAUUUAUUUCCUCGUGCAAUGACAAGGAUUGCUCAAAAGUCAUUUAUUUCUUAAACCUUUGGACAACAUACCCGUUGAUUUUCACAAUAAAUAUAAUCGAAGGCACAUUCUUUAAAAUCUAA